AUGUUCACUUUCCUGGCUUGCUUCGUAACAUUAGCAUUAUGUGGAUAUUUUAAACUAUUCCCUCGACAACACUAUUUGCCUCUUCCUCCUGGUCCAAGCACGUACACCUUUGCUGGUGCACAGAAGCUGCUUCCACGUAUUCAUCCAUGGAAGACCUAUGCUUCUUGGAGCAAGGAAUACGGAUCGCCUCUCAUUUCAUUUAGAGUCUAUAAUCGACGGACCAUAGUCCUCAAUACUCGAGAUGCCAUACACGAUCUCCUUAAUAAACGCGCUCAUAUGUAUUCCGAUCGCCCCAAAUCUUGGAUGUAUCACGUACUAUGCGGGCGGGGAAAUUCCGUAUUUAAUAUCUCCGCCUCGAACGAACGCCACGCUCGCUACCGGAAGCUCAUGCAGUCGGGCUUGGGUGCUCGCGCGACCAAGAAAUACUGGGAACUUCUCGAAACCGAAGUAGACAACCUUCUCGAAGGAUUUCGCCGCAGCCCACGAAAUUUCGAAAAACAUAUCCGCCGGAACGCGGCUGCUGUUGUUAUGAAGGUGGCAUACGGCUACAGCAUCCUCGAUGAAGACGACUUCUUCAUUGGUGUGGCCGAAGAGGCGGCCCAGAUCUCUGGGUGGGCGCUGGCUCCGGGUCGCUGGAUGGUCGACUAUUUUCCAAUACUGCGAUAUAUCCCAUCUUGGAUGCCAGGCGCACGCUUUAAGCGCCAAGGUGAGGCGUGGCGCGUAAGGCUGCAAGAUCUAUCGGAGGUCCCCCAUCAGUGGGUCAAAGGGCAGAUGGUUUCCGGGACAUAUACGGAUUCGUUCACGUCUCGGCUUUUGAGGCCGGAUGGGUGUACAUUCGUGGACCCAGACGAAGAUGAUAUCAUCAAAUGGACCGCUGGCGGGCUCUACGCUGGGGCGACCGACACCACAAUUUCAGCGAUGAUCUCAUUCGUGAUGCUAAUGGCGCUUCACCAAGACGUCCAGCGCCGGGCUCAGCUGGAGAUACAUGAAGUCACGAAGGCACACGAUCGCACAGAUGGCCUGCCCCGCGCAUCGGAUCUUGGAGAGCUGAAAUAUCUUGUUGCGGUGUUGAAGGAGGUUUUGCGAUACGCACCCAUUUCAAAUCUUGCACUACCUCAUUUAGCGACGCAAGACGAUGAAUAUCAUGGCUACCACAUCCCAGCCGGCACCACCGUAGUGGCCAAUGUGUGGGCGGUAACACGAGAUUCUCAAACAUAUCCUAACCCCGACAUCUUUGAUCCCGAGCGAUUUGUUGGCAACGGUGGGGAUGAGUCCACUCAACAGCCAGACCCACGUCUAUUUUGCUUCGGCUUUGGCCGACGAACUUGCCCUGGCACCCAGUUCGCUGAAACGACAAUGCUGCUCACUAUGGCCGCAAUCUUAUCUCAAUUCAAUAUCUCGUAUAAUAAAGAGGCUGGCGCUCCACAAGUUGAUUUUACUACCGCGAUAACAAGUCACAUCGUACCGUUCGACAUCAAUAUUACUCCCCGUUUAAUCUAA